CAGGAAGCUACAUAAAACGAAACUCAAGGAACAGCAAAUAGGAAAACUCCGUGAACCUGUAUAGUAUGUCAAGUGGACGCAGCGCACGCCUACCGCCCACGCCCACGCCCACGUCCACGUCCACGCAGAACGCCAACAACAAGCACCGCGUGGCAGCUGCAACAUCCGCCGCAGCAGCAGCGGCAGCUGGUGAGCCCAACAGCAACAACAUGCUGCAAUACAGCAGCGGCAAUGCAACAGCCAACGGCAGUGCUGGCUCGGCGUCGGGCUUAGGCGUAAGCGGCCUCCAGAUGGGCAUGAACAUGGGCAUGGGCAGCAUGUCGAGCGGCAUGCUGCCAAGCGGCUUUGGCCUUGGCCAAAUGUCCGGCGGCGCCAGCACUGCAACGACCGACGUGGGAACCGAUAGCAUACCCGGCGAGACCAUCGAUGCCCUGGGCCCCGAGUUGGCCGUGGCCACGUCGCAGGUGCUCGAAAAUUUGUCGGAAAACGAGCGGAAGAUGAUCAUUGAAGUGCUCAAUCGGGAUGAGUCGGUGCGGCAGCGCGAUGCCACCAGGAUAAUGCUCUUGCGCGCUGAAUUGUAUGCGCUGAGGUGCAAGGUCGUUGGUGAAGCAGGAGUGCAGUCACAGCCAAUGCCACUCGAUGCCACACAACAACAACAAGAACAACAACAACAAGACCCUAACCAACAACAGCAAACAAUGCUAGAACAACAACAACAGCUUGAACACAACAACCACAAAAAUCUACACAACGACCUGAGUCGCCACUGUGCCCGCUGCACCACCGAACUGGGCCGCAUCACCAACCGCGGCGCUCCCUGUCGCGUCUGCAAGCUGCGCGUGUGCAAAGCCUGUCGAGUCCAUCACGCAUUGGACUGGGUGUGCGUUGUGUGCCACAAGCAACUGGAGCUACAAGCAGCCAGCGGUGAGUGGCUGAAGGAAGCCUACGCAUCCUGCGAGGCUGUCGAUCACCUUAGCACCAGUGACGUGCUUCGGAAAAGCAUACGUCGCUCUUGGACCAUCUCAAAUCCCGAGGACGAUCCGAAUAAUCCGAAUGCCCAGCAGCCCGUCACCGACAACUUGUAUCCACAGCAACAGCACUUGAUCGAGGCCCAAUCGGCGGGCAGUUACCCCACAUUGCACCAGCACACGCUGCAUCAGCAGAUGCAGCAGCAGCAGCAGCAGCAGCAGCAACAGCUUCAGCAGCAACUGCCACUGCAGCAGCAGCAGCAGCAUCAGCCGCCUCCGCAACCGCGCCAGACGCACAUCAUCAAUUAUAAUAGUGGCACUGCCACGCCCAUCACUGGCAGCAAGUGGCAGUUGGGGCGUCGCGUCCUACGCCAAUCCACGUUACCCAGCACACUAAGCAACGAUCCGAAUCUGAGCGGCAGCGGUGCCAAUCUGGCCAACUACAAUUCGGCCAACUUGACUGCGCCCACCUCGCCCCACCAGAUACAGAAGAGCCCGCUCUAUCCGAGCGCCUACAACAGCGACGACAUCAUCCACAUGAACAUCGCGCCCGACUGCGACAACUACAGCCAGAUCCAGAUCCAGCAGCAGCAGCCGCAGCUGGAGGCAGCCGCGAGUCCUCCCACGCAUAGCCAUCGACUGCAGGUGCGCCGUCAGUCGACGCUGCCGGCGAAUCCAUGCCAGCCGCCGCCCAGCAUAUACAUGUCCACCUCACCGAAUCGCGUCUAUAGCCGUUCGCCGGAGCGGUCGCCCGGCGAGCAGCGCUAUCCGCCCUUCACGCGGCAGACAUCCUUCCCGGAGCCGCCGAGCAACAACUAUCAUCGCACCAAGCUGCUGCCCAAUACCGCCAAUCUAACAGCUCCGACCAACCAGUCGUCGCCAGUGGUCGCAGCGGCAGCGGCGCCGCCCCUGAACUACGAGUCGCAGGCAUCGAGCAUGGCCAGCGAUGACAUGGAUUACAGCCAGGCGUUUGGCAAGCCACGCAUGACGCGCCAGGCCACCUUGCCCAAUCCCGAGCAGCAUGUCAAGCUGCUGCCCACAUCGCCGCCCAAGCGUCAGACGUCGCCGCAGUUCCGACGCUCGCCGGAAUUCACGCGCCAGCAGACGCUGCCCAAUCCGGAAGCCUUCAACAGCGGCAACACGCUAACAGUGCACCAGACGCCGCCGGGCAAAUUCAUGCCCAUCUCGCCGCGAGCCAAGCAGAACUUCCUGUUUCCCAGCGUGCAGAAUCCGCGCCAGUUUCUGUCGCAGCAGAACGUGCCCACUGUGGGCGGCGUGGACCUCGGCAGCGGCGGCAGCGUGGCCAGUGCCACCGGCGAGCAGUACUCGAGCAGUCAGAGCGUCAAUAUACACCACUCGCGCGACCCGCACUCGAAGAUGAUCAAGGUGCGCAGCCACAGCAACGAAGAGUAUUCGAACAGCACCAAGACGCACGUGGAGAGUCGCCGGCUGCUGCCGGAAAUACCCACAACGCAGCGCUCGCAGAGCCGCUCGCCCAGCCGCCUGGUGCGGCAGGACUGCCUCAAGGAGCAGGAGCACGGCUCGCGCACCUUUGGCGAGGCUAAGCAACAGUUCUGCCAGUUUCCCGAUGUCAGCGAGGAACUGGAGACGCGACCGGAGUACGUGGACUACUUUGGCAACAGCACCACCAGCUUCCUGGAGUCCGAUGAGGUGCAGUACGAGAAGAACUACAACGCCGGCUUCAGCAGCGAGCCGCGCAUCAUCUACAACGACGGCGCCGACGAUGCCGCCUACAAGCCCACGCUGCCGCGGCCCAUGUACGGCUCCGAGAAUGUGGUGACAGGCGGCGAUGGUGGCUACGGUGCGGGCGCACCCAUGCCCGGCUUCUAUUCCGACAUGCAUGCGACGCACAGUGGCGCCGUGCUGCCGCGCACUCCACUCAUGCACAAUCGCAUGCGACGGCGACAGUCGAGGGAGCUGCCCGCCCAGCCACAGGAGGACUACGCAGCGGGCCUAACCGAGCCAACGGCAGCCGCAGCAGCCCCACCAGUGGCUAGCGCCACAGUGGGUGCCGCUUCACUCGCGGUGGACAACAGCGCUGAUAGGCGAAAGCCAGAGCAAGUGCGUUCCGUGUCAGAGGACUCGGGUGCCAAGACGGCGCCGAAGCCCGUCACGCGGCGCUCCUUUUCGCAUCCCGAGAAGGAAUCAACGCCACCAAAGAAAACGGAAGCCUCGAAAAUACCGAGUCCCCGACCCCUGGCCGAUAUACUGGACAAGACGCGCGGUGGCGCCACAAAGAUACCGCUGGCCCGACGCCGCAACAGCCGCGGCGAGGAGGGUAGAGUACCACAGCAUCACUACUCCUUCCAUGAACUGCUUAAGCACCAGAACUCUGACUUAUCCAAUCGCAUGAAAAAAACGACAAUUCCCGUUAACACAGUCCCAGCCAAGGAGGAUGAGCAGGCCGCAUCCGGAGCCGUAGCCGAAGCUGCAGCCAAGGCGACUGACAAAGACCCCGACGCGACGAACAAUGAGGCCAAUGACACAGCAGGUGCCGCAGCACACACCAGCACACUGGGUGAGCAGGAGCUGCAGAAUGCAGUGGAGGCGGCUGCCGUUGUCUUCAAGAAGGUGGUGCUGCAGCGGCGCAAGGAGAAGGAGAAGGAGAAGGCCGCCGAGGAAGGCCCGCAGCUGGCAGCUGGCGCUUCCGGUGACAGCAACGGCGAUGCCAUGGAAACCUCGUCGUCAUCGGAGCUGGAGUUCAGGUGCAGCACAGCGGGCACGUCGGGUCAGUCGCAGUACAGUGUCGAAGCGGAUGAGUUCAAGCUUGUGUUUCUAAACUCGGACUCGUCAUCCUCAUGCAAAGAGGAGGAGGAGGAGGAAGACGACAACGAUACGGAUACCGCCUCUAGUUCCUCCUGCACAUCCACACACCAAUGCCACAGCAUUGUGAGCAAUGUGGAGGACUGUGAUUGGGACUACUUUGAGCCAUCGAUGAUUGCAGCCACUACAACCACAACCACAACAAUGAUUGCAUAUGCCAGCUCCAUGGCGUCCACAACGCCCACGCCACCGCCACGCCUACGUCGUCGCUCCAGCGACAGCGACUCGCCCUUGCUGCAGCGCCGGCAGCAGCUCCUGCGCAGCUACUGCUCCAAGAUACGCGAGAGCGACACCGGCACCGACGAGGAGCUGCACAUGCAUGCCGAGAGCAGCUCCCAGACCAGCUCCGAUCAGAAUCAGACACCGCCGACGCCCUCACUGCCGCUCAGCAUGAAGGCGCGCAUCAAGACGCGCUUCCUCAAGAGCCACCAUCACUACCAGCACCACCACCACAGCCACAGCCACAGCCACGCGCCCAGCAGGUGCACUGGCUGCAGUGGAGCCACAGCCGCCCAGCAGCCGCAAUAUGUGCCCAUACCCGUGCCGGUGCCCAUACCCGUGCCCAUGGCCGCCUACCACAACUGGCAGCUGGAGCAUUCGGGCGCACCGUUGCUUGAGCAGGACGAGCACUUGGCCGCCUCACUGCAGCAGCUGUGGCAGGCGGCGGCAGCCCAGCAGCAGGCGGCAGCCGCAGCAGCUGCUGCAGCGGCUAUGGUCGCUUAUUCGCAGCAAUUCGCCGCGGCUAGCAACAUGUUUGAUGCAACACCGCCGGCAACCACCAAGAGCUAUCAGCAAUUGCCAACAACAACACGUCAAUUGGAUGGCGGCUUCAAGUCCUCGGCGCCGGAGCUGAGCGCCUCGCUGGGCUCGCUGAUGACGCAGUCGCUGUGCUCCACUGCGUCCACGUCUUCAUCAACAACGUCCGGCUAUGGCACAGCAGGUCGUAGCCUGGAAACAUUAGCCGGCUGUCUGUGUCUGGCACAACAACAGCAUUACCAACAGCAACAACAACAACAACAACAACAACAGCAGCAGCAGCAGCAGCAACAACAACUGGCCAGCAAAAUAGCUUUCAAGCCAGCUCCAACAAGUUUAGGUUUAGUAUUGCCGCGCACGCCGUCGGGUGAACAGCAACAAACGCGACGCUCGCUCUGUGACGAUGCUGAUGCCGAUGUUGACGUCGCCGCAACGCCCACAACAGCACUGAGAUUGUGUAAUGCGAAUGAUAAAAGAAGCAGCGAUUGCGACUGCGACUGCGAGAGCGACGCCAGCAACAGCGUUAAAUUUAGCGCACAUGUUGAUGUUGAUAAAAGCGAGGCAAUGCCAGCGGCAACAUUGACAGUCGAGCUGCCAAAUAAAUGCCAAAAUCUAUGCGAAACUGUGCAAAACAGCAGACAACUAGCGACAGCAGCAGCAGCAGCAGCAGCUCAAGCACCAACAGUACCAACAGCAGCAACGGCAGCACAAGCACCAGACACACAAACGCAAACAGCAACAGAAAACACAGAAACAGAAAGACAAACCUACCUGGCGAGUAACAACCACAACGCCGACGCCGACGACGACGACGACGGCGACGAAGGCGAAGCAGCGGAGGCAGCAGACGAAACAAAUAUACAUAAAAAUCAAGUACCAGCAACGGCAGCAACAACAACUACAACUACAGCAAGCGGAGCCACAUUGAGUACGGCAACUCCUGCGGUAAUAACUCGUUUCAGCGACGGCCAAGUUGCAGUCGAAAAUGUUGAGAUUGUUGCCGCCGUUGCGCCUAGAGAGCAACAAUUGCAGCAGCAACAGCAACAGCAGCCACUAGAGUCGCAACUAGCAAAGAAUUCGCAUAGGUUUAUAAAUACAAAAUCCACAAAUAUGUCCGAGAACGAGCCAAGUGAGUCGGCGACAUUUGGCUAUUUGCGCAGCGAAAGCUACGCCGCCAACAGCAGCAAUAGCAACAGCAGCAGCAGCUGCAACAGUGAAGCUGAAGAUGAGCGCAGCCCACGCAAAUUGGUGGAGCGCAGCUACGAUGUGGCUCUGGCCAUGCAAGCAGAGGCAGCGGCAGAGGCGCAGAAGGAGGAGGAGGAGCUGCAACUGGAGCCACAGGCAGCAGCAAUGCCCAUGCAAAUGGUGCACCACAGCACCACCGAAGGCAGCAGCAGCAGUGAUUCCAGCAGCAACAGCAGCUCCAGCUCCGAGUCAUGUGACUCAGAUGACACCGGCACUGUGGCGGAUCGCCGGCCCAAGCGAAGGCGCUUUAACAAGGUGUUUGUGGUCAACCGGCAGGUGGGCCAUGCGGCUCGCGUCCGACGCAGCUCAUCCACCGAGGGUGACUCGUUGUCCUCCUCGGAUGCGAAUCUUGAAGACUCAUCGGAUAAUGAUACAGACACAGAGCGCACCGAUUGUGGCAUUGUACUCAACUAUGUGAAAGCAUUGGCCGAGGAGGAGGCAGGCCCAGAGGAGGAGCCAUUGGCUGCUGCAGCACGUGAUGCCAGCGACGAUGAUGACGAUGAUGAAAGUGAACGCCGCAUUGCCAACUCAAGCGAUGAGCUCGCCAACUGCAUUGUUGUUGUGGGCGGCUGCACCGACGACGAUGCCAAUGCCGGCGGCGUUGUCUUGCAUGGGAUGCGUGCUCUGCCAGACGUCGCGGAGGAGCAGGAGCCACAGCAACAGCARCAGCAGCAGCAGGAGCAAUUAGAGCACAACAUUGAGCAGCCAUUCGAAAUAAGCGCCGUCCUGGCUGCCUGCGAUGAGCUCCAUAGCAUUUCCAACGAUGUGAAUCGCUUGUUGGCGCUGCACAAGCAAAACUCCCAGUUGGAGCUGAAGCUGCAGCGACUGCGACGCGGCGUCGCCGAAAUCAAUGAGGAUCAUCUGCUGGCAACGCAGAGCACUGCUGCGGCUGCCGCCCCCACGGAGCAGAAGCCAAGCGAAUGCAGCAGUCAAAUGCUAAAAGAAGGGUGUUCAGGUAAUGCACCCACCGCACAAAAGAAGGAGGAGGAGGAGGAGGAAGCGGCACAAGCAACGGCAACGGCAACGGCAACCCUCGCGCUGACCAGUUGCCGUUCUCAGAAAAGCGUAAAUGUAAAUUCUAAUGACGAAAGCGAAGCAGCGAAACAAAGCGAACCAAGCAACGCCGAGGGUAAACAUGUAAGCGAAGAAGCACAGGCGCAAACACAAGAAGCAGCGACAACAGAGGCAGCGACUCUUGGGUUUUCAUGCCAGCAGCAGAGCCAGCAGAGGCAGCAGGUAAAGGCAAACAGCGAUAAUAAAGUAGCAGCCAAGCAAACAGCAACAACAACAGCAAAGGCAACGACUAUCGUCGAGCGAACAGCUGUGCAAACCCAGGUAAUGGGAGAGGGCGAGGCAGCGAGCGGCGGCAUACGCAGCGAAGCAUGCAAAAUAAACGACGAUUUGUUCGACUCGCUCAACUCUCACUCUCUCGCCAUAACGAGUAAAGCACCUGAAGCACAACAGAAACAGCAACAAAGCAAACAACAACAAGAGAAGCAGCCGCAGCAGCAGGUAGCCGAGAGAGCGACAGCUGCUGAGCGUAAAGAGAGCGCGCUACCUGUUGCUCAGUUAGCCGAUUGCGCAGCCGAAGUGAAGUCGCAGUCGGCAUUGGAAACGGCAGCGGCAGCGGCAGCGGAGUCAGUCGAAAAUGAAAUGUUAAACGUUGCGGUUGAAGAGCCAAACGCGCGCCUAACGCUGUACACUAACAACAACAACAUUAGCAGCAGCAGCAACAACAAUAAUAAUAGCAGUAGAAACGGCAACAACAACAACGACGACGACGACGUUGGUCAUAAUGACGGCGAUUUCGCAGCACAAAAGACAGAAAGCAGCAACAAUGCUGCUCUUGUUGUUGGCCAACAUAGCAGCAGCAGCAGCAGCAACAACAACAAUAACAACUGUGACGUAGUGAAUGUGAAUGUGAUUGAAGCAUCGUCGCGUGUGUUUGAAAGUUGUGAAAACGAAUACGACAAAAUAUUUGGCAGCAAUCAAGAACUGCAAAUCAACAACGAGCCAACUGCAGCUGCAAUAGCAGCAGCAACAAAUAAAGCAACGACAGCAACAGCAACAACAACAACAGCAGCUAGUGCUGCACCCAAGAAUUCACUUUCAGCUAAAUAUCGCAGCUUAGUGAUGAUUACAAAAGACAAUGAAAGCCCAACAACAACAACAGCAUCAGCAGCAGCAACAACGAGUAGCGACAACGAUUAUGAAAUGCCAGCGAUUGGCAGCAACAACUUUGGCCAGAACUUUGGCAAUGAGUCACACGUUACGCUGCGCGCCUUAAGCAACGACAUCGAUUUCAGCGCGGAACCGUUGACAGUGACGCCAACGCCAAGUGAACGGGAACUGUCGCGUGACUCGUACAGUGUGGACUCCCUAAAUGAGCCGAGUAUACGGCCGAAGAUCAUUCUGGACGAUGGCCUGGCCGACGACGACUCCUGGGUGGAGGAGCUGAGUCAACACGGCGAUGGCGACGACGAUGAGAACUUGAGCAAUGCCACGACAACGCCGACAGCCACCGAUUCUGAGGAUGCGGAUGGGGAUGGAGAGCUGGGCGGCGGUCGCAUCAUGUACAUGGAUCGGGAGGAGGAGCUGCGCGGCUACAACCGAUCAGCCAUCGACUUCACGCUGCACACCAUUGUGGAGGAGAGCUGCGAGGAGAGCGAAGUGGCCUCCAUGCGAGCUGACAACGAGCUGGAGCAGGAGGAGGAGGAGGAGGACUUGGCGGAGCGUAGACGCAUGCGCACGCUACAGCAUCAUCAUCGGCUUAGCGCCUCGGAGCUGGAGAAGUAUUUCUUCUUCGGCCUGGGCGAUGGCAAGGUCAUGAGCUCCAUAGACACUCGUGGCGAUGACACCGCCUCGGAGGUCAGUUCCGAGUGCUCCGAGAGUCUGGACUCGCUGCCCCAUGACGAUCAGCUGCUGGAUGGCAGCAAUAGUGCCGCAGACUUGGCAUCAUCCCGCCUAGAAAAGUACUUCCUCUCCGGCUUCAUGGGCUUCAGUGGAUCCGGCGAGAAGCAGGCGGAGAGCGACGAGAGUGGCGGCAGCGUGGGCAGCGACAGCGAGGGACAUCCCAGCCCCAGUCAGCGGCGCAAACGACUUGUACGGGCGCGGGGCACUCCCCGCAGCCACAACUCCUCGUUGGAUAAUCUGCUGCUGCCCGAGACUGAUGCAAUGGAUGCCACGACAACGGCAGCCGGAGCUGCAGAGGACACAUCCGAGUCGGAGACCGGCUGCGACGACACCGUCGUGCACAUAGCCAGCGCUGUGGAUCGCGCCUCUGACGGCAGCUCCUCAGACACCAUCAAGCGCAAGAAGCAGCUGCGGAAACGGCACGACUCCCUCGAUGAAAAGAAGCUGCACGAGGCGGCAGAUGCGUGUGCCACUGGAGCUGGCGGCGGCAUCGGAGGCGACUCCCAUGCCAACAAUCUGGGCACUGCUCAGGCAAAGAAGCAGCAGCAUCACAGCCGAGACAGCGGCUUUGUGGGCAGCAACGACGACCUAUUGAAGUCUCCCGACUGCGAGCCCAGCAAGUCCCCCACGCCAACUCUGGGCCAGAUCAGUGAGGACCGCGAGCCAUUGGCCUCAGCCAGCGCACUUACAUUGCCCAAACCGGAAUUACCCAGCACGAGUGCGGGAGCCGUUGUCGGCGCGACGCGACGCAUCACUCUGCAGCCACCGGGCCCGGGUGGAGCCAGCAGCUCCAUUUUGGUGCGCAAGGAUAGCUUCAACAACUGGAGCUCCGAUGAGGAGACCAAUCUGAUGAUGACCAAGAUGCGUCAGUUCUUCAAGACGCUCAUCGUGGCCACAGCCAAUGCACAACAGAGCCAGAGUCAGAGUCAGAGCCAAUCCCAGAGCCCGAGUGCUGGCAGCACGCCCAGCUCAGUGCGCCGGCUGGCAAGCAAGUCGGCCAAGUCAAGGCCGGCACAGCUGGCCUACUUCGAGAAUGAGCUGACACGCCUCAUGAAGACUGUGCCGGGCAUCAAUGAUGAGCAGGUGCGCGAGAUUGUGGAGUAUCUGAGCAGCGAAGAUACCUGGUCGGACUCGUACGACUCCUCCGACUAUACCAGCUCGGACCUGGAGGGCUCCGAGCACAAGGGACAGCUGAAGGCGCAGAUCUCCGCCAGCUGCCAGCAGAUAAUCAACAAGUUCGAGGUGGACGAGGAGGGGGUGCGAGGCGAUGGAGGUCUGCUGGACGAGGCGCAUGCGCUGAAUGGCGAUACGGCCUUUGUCUACCAAAAGCUGGUAGCCUCCUUCAGCAAAGUGGCAGUGGGCGAAGCUAGCGAAGGAGCACCCAAUGGCAGUAGCAAGCCCGCGGAGCCCGAUGAGGAUCGCCUGUCCACAACCAGCACGGAGCAGCGGUCGCCACAGCUGUUUGCCAAGGUCAUGCAGCACAUAGGAACCCGCCUGGUGGCCCUGAUGCACGAGGUAAGCAGUGGCAAUGAGACGCCCAUGUCGACGCGGCACACCCGCCGGGCGCAGGCCAAGAUCUCAGCCACGACAACGGAGGAUGAAGAGGACGAGGUGGAGCAGCAGCUGCAGCUGAAGGCGCUGCCGCUAAAGCAGCUGAAGCUGCGCAGCCGUUCGCAUGAUUUGUUGCUGGAUGGCGGCGCCAACGGCGGACAACAGACACAGCUCCAUGGACACAUGGCCGCCAAUGCGGCGGUGGGUCAUCAGCAGGCAGGAGCCACGGACACCGGAGCCGGCGACAAUGCCGGGGAGGAGUGCGGCGUGGCCAGCGAUUAUGAGCGCUUCUCGUGGCGCGGCAGUUUUGAGUCGGCAUUACUGGCUAAUGGCGACUCCAGAACGAGGCUCAGCCAGCUGAGCCAGCUAGACAGGGACAACUCGUCGUCUGCGUCCGCUUUGGCUGUGGCAAAGCGCCGAUCUGCAGGCGACCUGCUGUUCAGCCAGCACCAGCAGAGCCUUAGCCGCGAGCAGCUGGAUCGCGUGCGCUCCUGCGGCAGCAUUGGCGGCGGCGAUGCCCACCAUCAUCAGCUGGAGGCAUCGCCCGCCAAGCCUUGGCUGUCGUCGGCCAGCUCCUGCGCCGAUUCCGCCAAGGAUGUGCGCCGCUCCAGCGUACCCGAUGCCAUCUACGAGACGGACUCCAGCGACGAGGGGCAAUCGGCACAGUUUACCGCCAAUCGCUCCACCUUGCCGCGCAGCCUGACGGGCAGCGUGCCAGUGGCUAGCACCAAUUCCCUGCCACGCCUGCCCACCAGCUCGGUGGCUACGGUGGGCGCCCCUUUUACCAGCACGCCCAUCACCAAGUCGCAAAACGCGCUCAACUAUACGCCCUCGUCUACGGGCAGCGCCAAGAGCGCGCGAUACCGCUCGCCGGGAUUGGCCGCACGUGCUGCAGCCGCCAACAGCAGCGGCGCAGGAGUCGGCUCUGCCAGCUCCUCCAGCAGCUGUGGCAAAAAACUAGGCGGCGGUCUGCAGCAGUUCCUCUACUCCAAGCGUGAUGCACGCAAACGCCUGAACAUGUCAGCGGAGGAAGCCAGAGCAGCUGCCGAUGAGCUCAGCAAAUCUCCGGUUAUUGGACAACGCAAUCCGGAUGCCGCUGCCUCCAGUCCGAUACAGUCGCGUGCCUCGAGCGAAACAUGGCCGGCCCAGUCGGAUGAGGAUAUCGAUCGGCUGGUGGCCAUGCACCAGAAUCGCAGCAGCCUCAGUUCCCUAGGCGUGCGCUCGGAGUCCAUGGCCAGCGUUUAUUCGGGCGCCGGCGAGGGUCGCUAUGGCACUGUCGUGGUGAAGGGUCAGGUGGAGUUCGGCAUGCAGUACAACUAUAAGCUGGGCGCCUUGGAGAUUCACGUGGUGCGGUGCAAGGACUUGGCUGCUGUCGAUGCCAAGCGCAAUCGCAGCGACCCCUAUGUCAAGGUUUACUUGUUACCCGAUAAGUCAAAGGCUGGCAAACGCAAGACCAAAGUCAAGAAGCACACACUGAAUCCCAUCUUUGAUGAGACGCUGCGCUUCCACACGUCCCUUGCCAGCCUGGAGUCGAAAACUUUGUGGUUGACCGUUUGGCACUCGGACAUGUUUGGACGCAACGAUUUCCUGGGCGAGGUCAGCGUCAAUCUGCAGGGCCGGCUCUUCGACAACCCCCAGUCACAGUGGUAUUUGCUGCAGGAGCGCAGCGAGCCAUUCGAUGAUGUGGCCACCUAUCGCGGCGAUAUUGUUGUGGGUCUCAAGUACGUUCCGCCAGAGAAUCUAAAGUCUUCGAUAUUCUCGCGUGGCUCCAGCCUCACAGGCAGCUCCUCGAAUCUGCGCAAGUUUGGGGGCAGCAUCAAAUCUGUGACUUCCAAGUCCGACCGCAGCGCCAAGGGCGGACAGCUGCACGUGCUGGUCAAGGAGGCCAAGCACCUGAGUCCCAUCAAGACCAAUGGCACCUGCGAUGCCUUCUGCAAGAGCUACCUGUUACCGGAUCGUACACGCAGCUCCAAGCAGAAGACACCGGUGGUGAAGCGCACUUUACAUCCCAGCUGGAAUUAUACGUUUGUCUAUGAGGACGUCUCCCUGAAGGAUCUGUCGGAGCGUGCUCUGGAGCUGACCGUCUGGGAUCACGAUCGCCUGGCCAGCAACGAGUUCAUUGGCGGCAUACGCUUCUCUACGGGCACAGGUCGCAGCUAUGGGCGUCAGGUGGAUUGGAUGGAUGCUACCGGCAAGGAGGUAUCUCUGUGGCAGAAUAUGCUAGACCGUCCCAACUUCUGGGUCGAAGGCAGCCUAGUGCUACGCUCCAGCUUGGAUGGCAUACGUUCGACAUUGCCAUAGGCACAGUUCCCGUCACAAUUUGCACAUUAGUAAUUUAUUGCCUAGCCACGCCCACAUAAGUACACUCACACACACACACACGCAGACAAAGAGACGUAAACUAUUGUGUGGCAGUUUCCAGUUUUCUCCCCUGGCACACGAAUACGUCAUUUGUAUUUGUAUUUGUAUUUGAAUUGUGUUGAAUUGUAUUGAUAAUGUAAGAGGUAUUACACAAUAGGGUACGAUGACAAGCAUUACUAGAAAGUUAAGCAUGAAUGAAAUUCAUGAUUCAAUUCGAUUCGAUUCGACUCGAAGCCAUUCGUUUGCGAAUCGAUCGAUUGAAUGAUUGAAGUUUGAUUUGCAAGUUUGUAACAAUUAGAAUGAUUUCCAAUACUCGAAUAUAUGGCAGUCAGACAUACAUACAUAGCACRUACAUAUGUUUAUGACUAUGGCAUGUCUGACUGAAGGCCAGACAUCAGCAUUAGCAUUAGCAGUAGAGAUGACGCUGCAAUUUAUCUGUAUUGUUUUUGUAGUUUAAGCAGCACAAUGUUCAAAUACGAGAAACCAACAAGCAAACUAACAACUAAAGUGUUAUCAAAUUAUUGCACUAAUUAUAAGAGGGUCAUAACCCAGAAGAUACUAUAAAUUGUAUAGCAAACACGCGGAUUGCUCAGUAAAAUGACGAUGAUGGAGUCGAGGAUGUCGACAAAUUAGCCCAUAUACAUAUACAUAUACAUAUACAUAGACAUGUGUAUAUACAUAUGUAUAUACAAAUAUAUAUUUAUAUAUAUCGAUAUACGCUAACUUAGGAUCAUUUGUGUGUGUAUUUUUUUGUCCAAAAACAAAUGGAACUUGCAAUUUUGCAUACUGUAUGCAUUAAAUCUACGAUAAUAACUAAACCGACAUAAACUCUAAGCUAUGUAAUACAUAAUAUGUACUAGUACCUAUAUAAAAAAA